CUUCAACUCGCUGCUUUACUGCUUCCUCUGUCCGGUAAUGGAGGCGUGCAAGAAAGACAUUUAAGGGUAGCAGCUCUCGAAACGCGCAAGAUCUCAACUUUGGAAUUGAAAUAAAGCCAUAUUUUCACGAAUUAAUCAAAGAUGCCCGUGGCAGUAGGCCCGUACGGCCAUGGCCAGACCCAGCCAAGCUGUUUUGACCGGGUCAAGAUGGGUUUCAUGAUGGGGUUUGCAGUAGGAAUGGCAGCCGGAGCCAUGUUUGGGACCUUCUCCUGUCUAAGGAUCGGUAUGCGAGGCCGCGAGCUGAUGGGUGGAGUAGGGAAGACAAUGAUGCAGAGCGGAGGGACGUUUGGUACCUUCAUGGCCAUUGGCAUGGGCAUCCGUUGCUAAGGAGAAGCACCUCUGUCUCCACAAAACAAUACAUCUAUGGGACUUUUAUAAUAAAUACCGCUACAAUACUCUGUCUAUUCAAACAUGUCAAUCUCAACCCAUGGUGCGGCUUUGUCAAUAAAACUUCAGAUUACAAAUGGCA